AUGAAGUCUGUCCGUGUUAAUAUCGAAAACUUUGAUCAAGAGGUCAGCAAGGCCGUUGAGACAGGCAACCCUGUCUUUGUUCUCUUCUUUGGUACCGAAACUCCUGAGACCUCUGAAUCUUGGUGUCCUGACUGUGUCAUUGCUGAUCCUCUCGUUCGCAAAGCCAUUAUCCCCGUCCAGAAUGCCAUUCUCUUGGAAGCUCCCGUUGGUGCUCGUAAUGAAUGGAAGGGCAACACUACUCAUCCUUACCGUGUUCGUUUCAAUGUUCCUGCCAUUCCUACCUUGUUCAAGUGGUCUGCUGCUGGGCCUGGCGAAAAGUUAGUCGAGGAAGAGUGUGCUGAUGUUAACAAGCUCGCUAAAUUUGUUGGAAAUUAG